AUGGUGGCCGCGGCGAGGGUGUGGGAGGUGAAGGCGGAGGGCCUCCUGCGGGGCGCGUGCGCGGCGCUGGCCGCGGCGGCCGCGCUGCUGGUGGGGCUCAGCACGCAGACGGAGACGGUGCUGCUCGUCACCAAGAAGGCCACCGUCAAGGACGUCCAGGCGCUCUGGGUGCUGGCGAUGGCGGCGGCGGCGGCGGCGGGGUACCACCUGCUGCAGCUGCUCAAGUGCUUCUACCUCGGCCGGCGCGUCGGCGGCGGCGCGAGCCCCUGCCGCCGGAGCAGCAGGGCUCUGGCCUGGACAUGCCUCCUGCUCGACAAGGCGUGCGCGUACACGACGUUCGCGACGACGGUGGCAGCGGCGCAGGCGUGCGUGAUCGCGCUGGACGGCGCGCACGCGCUGCAGUGGACCAAGCUCUGCAACAUCUACACCCGCUUCUGCGAGCAGAUCGCCGGCAGCCUCGUGCUCGGGAUGCUGGCCGCCGUGGGAACCGCCGUCCUCUCCGCGGCCUCCGCGCGCAACGUCUUCCGCCACUACUCGCCGGGGACCCACGCGCGCACUAGCUCUGGGCCCAAAGGCGUCAGCUGGGCCGGGUGUGCUUCUCGCCUUCUCCGGAGAAUCUAA